AUGUCAUUUGAACGUCCAGAAGUUUUUUCAGCACACGUGUUGCCAGGUGAAGAACCAUCUGAAAAUUCCAAUAAUGAAAUUACCAAAGCUUUCCGUACUUUUAUCUUAGAAUAUAGAAUUGAUUCUCAAUUCAUUUAUAGAGACCAAUUAAGAGAAAAUUUAUUGAUCAAAAACUAUUUCCUAAAAGUUGAAGCUGACCAUCUUAUUGCUUUCAAUGAGGAAUUAAAUAAGAAAUUAACAGAUGAUCCAGCUGAAAUGAUCCCACUUUUCGAAAAUGCCAUCACAGAUAUUGCUAAAAGAAUUGCUUACUUGUCCAACGAUGAGAUUCCUCAAGAUUUCCCUACUUGUCAAUUAAUUUUAUAUUCCAGAGCCAACGAAACAACUAUUAGACAUUUGGAUUCAGAACACAUUGCCAAGAUUGUCAGAGUCAGUGGUAUUAUUAUCUCUGCGUCAGUUUUAAGUUCAAGAGCUACCCAAGUGCAAUUGAUUUGUCGUACUUGUAAGCACACAAUGAAGAUUAAAGUUAAACAUGGAUUUGGUCAAAUACAAUUACCCCCAAAUUGCCAAUCUCCUCACAAUUCUGAUCCAAAUUCUACCGAGGAGAAAUGUCCAAGAGAUUCAUAUGUGAUUGUACAUGAUAAAUCUACUUUUGUUGAUCAACAAAUUUUAAAGUUACAGGAAGCCCCAGGUCUGGUUCCUGUUGGAGAAAUGCCAAGACACAUUCUUUUACAGGCUGAUAGAUAUUUGACAAACCAGGUUGUGCCAGGUACAAGAGUUACAAUUGUUGGUAUUUAUGCCAUUUACCAAACCAAAUUUGGAGCCAGGAACAAUACCACUUCUAACGUUGCAAUCCGUAAUCCUUACUUAAGAGUGUUGGGAUUUCAAACCGAUAUAGAUAAUGGCGCCAAUGGCCAGGGUAUUACUUUCAGUGAAGAGGAAGAAGAGGAAUUUUUAAGAAUGUCCAGAAUGCCAAAUUUGUACGAUGUGUUCGCAAACUCGAUUGCUCCAUCGAUUUAUGGGAACCAAGAUAUCAAAAAGGCUAUCACCUGUUUAUUGAUGGGUGGAUCAAAGAAAAUUUUGCCAGAUGGCAUGAGGUUGAGAGGAGAUAUCAACGUGUUGUUGUUGGGUGAUCCAGGUACUGCUAAAUCUCAAUUGUUAAAAUUUGUUGAAAAAAUUGCACCAAUUUCUGUUUAUACAUCUGGUAAAGGUUCUUCUGCUGCAGGUUUAACUGCUUCAGUUCAAAGAGAUCCGCAAACCCGAGACUUUUAUUUGGAAGGUGGUGCUAUGGUUUUGGCGGAUGGUGGUGUUGUUUGUAUUGAUGAGUUUGAUAAAAUGAGAGAUGAAGAUAGAGUUGCCAUUCACGAAGCAAUGGAACAGCAAACUAUUUCUAUUGCCAAGGCUGGUAUCACCACAAUUUUGAAUUCGAGAACAUCGGUAUUAGCUGCUGCUAACCCAGUUUUCGGAAGAUACGAUGAAUUCAAAAGUCCUGGGGAAAACAUUGAUUUCCAAACAACAAUUUUAUCUAGAUUUGAUAUGAUUUUCAUUGUCAAAGAUGACCACAAUGAAGCGAGAGACAUUUCAAUUGCACAACAUGUUAUGAACGUUCAUGCUGGAGGUAGAAAUCAAGACUUAUUACAAGAAGGUGAAAUUCCUAUUGAUAAAAUGAAGAGAUAUAUCCAAUAUGUUAAAUUGAGAUGUGCUCCACGUCUUACAGCCGAAGCUUCUGAGAGAUUAUCAUCACAUUUUGUUUCCAUCAGAAGACGUUUGCAGCUUAAUGAAUCUGAAAUGAAUGAAAGAUCAUCAAUUCCAAUUACUGUCAGACAGUUGGAAGCUAUUAUCCGUAUUACAGAAUCCUUGGCCAAGUUGAGACUUUCGCCGGUUGCAACAGAAGAACAUGUAGAUGAAGCAAUUAGAUUAUUCACAGCCUCCACAAUGGAUGCAGUUGAUCAAGGUCUUGGCAACACCACCGAUGCUACAUUGAACUCAGAGAUCAAGAAGGUUGAACAAGAAUUGAGAAGAAGAUUACCAAUUGGUUGGUCUACUGCUUAUAGAACAUUGAGAAGAGAGUUUGUUGAUUCAGGUAAAGCAAGUGCUUCUGCUUUAGAGAAGGCACUUUACAUCAUGGAAAGACACGAAGUCAUCAAAUUCAGACACCAACGUCAAAAUGUUUUGAGAAUUGGGGUUUAA